AUGGCCAGAAGGACCUCAGCCAGCGCGCCCGAGCCUGCAAAGAAACGCAAAAGCGAGGAGUUGCUGCGCAUCUUCAACCUCGCAGGCGAACAGCUGCUGGAGAUUGUCCUCGAGGAGCCAAAAGCAGCAAGCACCAUAAAACGAGAACUACAAGUCCAACUGGGCUUGCCACGCUUUCGGCAAAGACUACUCGGAGAACAUGGCCCCCUCCACGACGCGGACACAGUCAAGGCUCCGACAGACUUACAGCUAGUGAAACUCGACUACGGCCCGCCCAACCAGCACGACACAACACGACUCAUCGCAGCCGCGCGCAGCCAGACCCCGACCAAACUGGAGGAACUCCUCAGCCACCCACUCAAUCCGAACUGUGUCCAAGCAACGCUGUUCUCCACCACCACGCCCCUCGAAGCAGCAACGAGAGGCAGAAAACUAGAGAACGUAAAGCUCCUGCUGGAAGCCAAAAUCAAUGCCAACACCGACGAAGACCACGGCCUGCUGCUGCGAGCAGCACAACGACAGGACCAGACAGCGGUCCAGCUCUUGAUCGCGGCCCGGUGUCACUUGGAAACACGCAACCACACCGGCACUACGGCCCUCGCCGCCGCAGCACGCAAGAGCAACGUCCAAAUCGUGCACAUGCUUCUGCAAGCCAGAGCCGAUAUCGAGGCCCCGAACAACAAUCGACGCAGACCACUCGCGCUCGCUGCGUGGGCAAACCAGCCCAUCAUCGUGCUAACGCUACUAGCAGCACGCUGCAACCCGCUGGCCGCAGAACCACGUCACCCAGAUGGGAUUCCUGCAUCAGCGGCCAAAAACAUCUUCCUCAGCGCAUGCGUGCAAGCAGGCAAACAGGCCAUGCGUGAAGCGUUUCUCGCCGGACCGAAGCCGUGUGUCGACCAGCCGCACGAAGAGCUCCAGGAGCCCGUAUAA